AUGUGCAGGGGAUACUUAAACUUUUACAAAGACUGCGGUAGCGCGGGUUUCGAGGGCUGUGAAGUUACUGCAGCCGGACAAUACAUCUGGAAUCCGGCGAGAUGGCCGGGAAACGGGGCCGGUCUCUUGAUAGAGGAGGUGGUAGUGGAGUCUUGUUCGGCAAUCUCCGCCUCCGGAGGCCCAAUGUCAGACUCUUCUGUAGUUCUGGCAGCAUGCAGCCUUACAUCUGAAGAAUCAAAUAACCAUCCAGCUGGACACCAUGUAUCGAACUGCAGCACAAAUGGAGAGAAUAAUCAUGAAGAUGAUGUUUCUUCCCCUAAUCCAUCAGAACCUGAUAUAUCUGAUGCAGAAGAAAAAACUGUUCCACUUUCUGGAAAACCCUUCUUUUCAAUCAUUAUGUCAAAGUCUCAAGUCCAGCGCCCAUAUCAACUGGCAAUUCCAAAGAAAUUUUGGCCACAUCUUCCAAACACCUGUGUCCCUUUAACACUUCACUUCAAGAAGAAGAUAUGGGAGAUGAGAUAUUAUGGAGAUCGAGCCCAGAGAAGAUUCGAUGGUGGAUGGAAACAUUUUGUGAAUGAUAACAAUUUGAAGAUUGGAGAUUGCUGCUUCUUUGAACUCAUGGACGAGACCGAUUUUACAUUUCGGGUUCAACUUCUUAGAGGAGAUCUCCCAGCUGAAUGUCUUAAUAACGGUCUAAGUUCCGAUAGACCUAUUUUGAUAGACUAGAAUCCAAAUGCAUCAAUACCUGGUUUCUCUGUAGCAGACAUAUGGUCCCAGAACUCAGUAAAUUCAUGGAAAUCAGGAUCUCUUUCAACAAAUGGGAACCUUGUAAUAUUUUAAUACUAAGGUAGUGAUCAGCUCAUGCAAUGGAAUUUUGAUGGGGAUGUUCUAUGUAUGGUUGUUGUUCUACAUGUUCAAGUGUGUAAUGUGUCUUCAAACUAAGAUGGUGGUCAACUCAUGCAAUGCGAUUCUAAGAGGAAUGGCUUAUGUCUGUUUGUUAUUCUCA